CGAUUUUGCGGAAAUAUCUCGGGAGUUUUUUAAAUUGGAUUUGGUUUUGCGCUCAUUUGUGAUCGUGAUGUGAGUGAUAUCGCUUGUGCAUUGGGGUGAAUCGAGUGGUUUUUAAUCGAAGCGUAACUGAUCCAAAGAUGACGGUCUCGAUGGAGCACAAGCGGAAAACCUCGUGGGACUCAAAGAUUUCUGUCAGCACCGUGAGCACCAGGAGAUUCAGCCGGGCCGGCACGCCAUCCUCGAUCAUAUCUUCUGACAGUGAUAUUCGCUUUACGAGAAAGCUGGGGGGACAGUAUCGCUGUGGAUGCUGUGUACUUGCUGCAUUUUUGCUGUUCUUGUUGUUCUCGGGGGUGUCUAUAUAUCUCGGAUACACAUUUCUGGUUUCCGAUCCCCCCAGCGAUCAAGUGUUCCUCGCAACGUUUCGUGUCACCUCUGGUGACUCCUUCGCGGCCGAUCUCGCUGAUCCCUCGACGGAAGCCUUCAGGAUACGUGUAAGAGAGUACCGAGAUCGCUUGACUCUUGCGUUCAGACGCAGCAGCCUCAGAUUAUCCUUCAUCGUCUGUGAGAUACUCGCACUCGACGGAGUGGAAGGUAGCGACCUAGUGGUCCACUUCGACGUGCGGUUCGAUCCCCGCUACCAGACGAUAACCGUCGACGACGUGAUGGCGAUAUUAUCACGCGAGAUAACUCCGGAGACCACUAAAUAUCUCGCUAAUUUGACGAUCGAUCCGAAGAGUCUGGAGGUGCAGGAGAGCAUUGCAGCGCUCAAUGCACAGGUGGCGAUGCAGACGACUGUGUCGACAGAUCCUUCUACCACGACUCCGCCGCCUCCCAGAAGCUGCACGAUGCACAUGAUUUCGUACUGCCAGCAUCUGCCGUAUAAUUUAACUACUUAUCCGAAUGUUUUUGGACAUCGGGGGGCGAAGGAGGUUGAGGAGGAUCUCAUUGCGUUCAGGGAACUAGUUGAUGCCGAAUGCUACAGACUAGCUUACGACUUCAUCUGUCAGGUUCUCCAGCCAAAAUGUCUUAACUGGGAAUCGGAAGCCUCGCUCCAAAUGCCGUGCCAGAGCUUCUGCCGGGAGUUCUGGUCCGGAUGCGGGAAUCGGUUGCCAGAACGGCUCAGGAAAGCAUUGGAUUGCGGAGGGUUUCCGGAGUACGUGGACGAGGGGAGCUGCAGGCCUAAACCAGGCUGCGUAAAGGAUUUACAGAACAAGGCCCUGUCCCCCCGAAUAUGCGACGGAAUUCUCGACUGCGCGGAUUCCUCGGACGAGAAGAAUUGCGCUUAUUGUCCGGAAGGUCACAUUCACUGUGGAAUUGGAAGGUCUUGCAUUCCCGCGAACAAGAGAUGUGACGGGAGAUCAGAUUGUCCGAAUGGAUAUGACGAAAAAGACUGUUUAUCACUAGCCAAAAACCUUGAGUCCGUAAAAUCCCAGAUGAUGGAUACAGUCCUCCCAGCGAGAUACACUCUCGAGGGUUCCGUGGUGUUCAACGAGAAAGGAACAGUAGGAAAACUCUGCACGGAGAGUCUAAAUGUCACACUACCCCCCACGGAAAUGGACACUGUUCUCCAGACAGCAGCUGCUUCGCUAUGCUCUCUCCUCACGUUCAGUGGAGUACUUUCCGUGGAAGUGAAGACGGACGAUGAGGACAAUGUGGAGUAUGUGCACAUGGAGGAUCCAUCGGCGUCGGAGAUCACUUUUGUCCGGGGAGCUUGUCCCAGUAGACAAGUCAUGUAUGUGCGGUGUGGAACAUUAGAAUGUGGAAUCCAGUCCCUGAGAGGAAAAACCCCGACGAAAGCCCUGAACAAAAUAUCUGAUCCUGGGGAUUGGCCCUGGCACGUGGCCCUAUUCAAGGAAGAAAUCCACGUCUGCGAUGCCACUCUCGUCUCCUCCAACUGGCUCUUGGCCACCGCAUCCUGCUUUCAAGGUCAACCGAGGGCUGAGUGGUCCGCCAGGCUCGGCACAGUCAGGCUCUCCAGCACAUCACCCUGGCAACAGGAACGCAGGAUUGUUGGAAUGGUCAAGUCACCCGUGGAAGGAAGUACCAUGGUCCUUCUGAAAUUGGAUCGACCCAUUACUGCUUACUCAGACUUUGUGCGACCUGUUUGUCUACCGUCAGCUCAAGAACCUGUGCUAAUGAAUAGCUCGUACUGCAAUACACUUGGAUGGGCUAGAAAUCGUGAUUUAUUACAACGAGUCCAAUUGAGACAGACCGCAAUGGAAAAAUGUGAUAAUAUUAGCAUUGCGUCGGUCAACGGCAUCUGCACGGAGGCCGCAUACUCCACCGAAGACUGUAACGAGGAGGAAUUGGCGGGCAGUCCGAUGCUCUGUCUCCAGUCUGACGGCCGACGUUGGGCCCUCACUGGCGUCAGCAGUUGGCGAAUCGCCUGUUCAAAGCCCGGCCACGAGAGACCGCGACUCUACGACAAUGUUUCCUCAAACAUUGCCUGGAUUAAAUCUACGAUUGAUUGAAAACACUUAUUGUCGCUCUGCAGUCGUAAAGAUUAGGCCUGAGGCGAUAUGAACUUCGAUUUCGUCAGACGUUUCGUCUAUUUGGGGAUGUGGUUUUGUGGAUCUAGUGAGGAAACCUCAAGUGUUGUCAUUCGGUUGAUAAACCACUGGAGAAGAACAGUAAUAUCGAUGGACCUCGGUAACAGAGAGGCGUAUUGGCACGGCGAAUGCGCAGCAUUCGUGCCUCUUUGUUACUGAGAUGGUGAUCUGAGUUAAUACGAGUCCUUGAGAAUUCGAGGAGUUCGGGAAUAGAGGACGGAUGGAAUUAUCUCGGCGAUAAAUAACAUUUGUGACUUGAACGCCAUGCAUUGGGAGAAAAAUCAUUGCCUACGUCCGUUAUUACUGCACGCGUGAAAACAAUUCUUGGAAAAUGCUAGCGCUGUAUUCAGGGAACGAGGUUAAAGUUCUAUUGGAAGUCUAUAAGAAUUAUCUUGGUAUUUUAUUAGAAUUCUAUGGAAAAAUUUGCGUUAUUUACGUGGAAGAUUAUGCACUUUCUCCAGGAAUUCUAUUGAAUUUUUAUUGAAAGGCUAUAAGAAUUUUUUUGAAGUUUUAUAACAAUUCUAUUAAACUUGUAUUAGAAGUCUAUAAGAAUUCUCUUGAAGUUUUAUUAAAAUUGUAUUAAAAAAUUCUAUUGUUUUUUGCGCCAUUUCUAUAGGAUAUUAUGUUCUUUAUCUAGGAAUUCCAUUGGAUUUCUAUUGGAAGUCUAUAAGAAUUC